AUGCAAAACGUUUGGCGUAGCGGCGUGAAUUGGGAUGAUGCGAUUGGCGCUAAAGAACGGGAGGAGUGGCAAUCAUGGGUGCGAUUACUGCCUGAAAUAGGAAAUAUUCGUGUACCGCGAUGCUACUUGAAUGCCAGCACUAGUCACAAUAUUCAGCUGCACGUUUUCUGCGACGCAAGUGAAGCUGCUUACGCUGCGGUCGCCUAUCUAAGAGCAGACCUUAAGGGCGAGGUCAGCUGUACGUUGGUAGCAUCUAAAACUCGCGUGGCUCCACUCAAGCCGGUUUCCAUACCUCGUCUGGAGCUAAUGGGUGCUAUAAUUGGUCUUCACCUUUCAAAACUCAUCAAGCAGGAAGUGACGUUGCCGGUGACCAAAACCAUAUUUUGGACGGAUUCCAAAAAUGUCCUCCAUUGGAUUCGGUCAGACGCUCGAAGAUAUAAUCAAUUUGUGGCUCUCCGGGUAGGUGAGAUUUUGGAAUCGUCGAACCCCUUUGACUGGCGUUGGGUGCCAUCAGCUGAAAACGUAGCCGAUGAAGGCACAAAGUGUAAUCAAUACGAACGGAUGGAUGGUGAUUCGAGAUGGUUUCGUGCCCCCGAAUUUUUAGUUUUACCACCGAAAAUGUGGCCUGAAACGCACUUACCCGGCAGCACAGCUCUUGAAGUACUACACCAUAUUCAAAUCGAGCCGACGUCAAACUUACCAUUAUCGACGAUUAUGCCAAAAGCCGAGCGAUUUAGUAAAUGGGAAAAAUUUCGCGCUGCUCAAAGAAAUGUUCUGCAUUUCCUCCAAAGAUUGAUGCGGAAGCCAGCACAAUCGAAGCAUCUACAGUUAGCCCUUUCGUGUCCCACAAUCGAAGGCGCUGAGAACCUGAUCAUUCUAAACUGCCAACUCGAAGCCUUUGGCGAAGAAAUCAACUGCUUACAACGAGGAUUAUGCAUAAUGCCGGAAUCCUCCGGGUUAAAGGAAGAAUCGACGCAGCAGAAGGCAUUCAAUUUGAUGCGAAAAGGCCAAUUAUUCUGCCAAGCAAGAGUCCUGUUACUUCACUCAUCGUUGAUUUCUACCAUCGUAAGUACCACCACUUACAUAACGAAAUCGUUGUGA